UAGUUAAAUAUAUAUGCAUAUAUAUGGUAGUGCACUCCUACUACCUGCACAUAUAUGUGCCUAAAAUCCUCUUUCUCUCUCUAGCUACAUCGAUCGGUCUCACACGAGCUAACUUAUUAGCUUCUCAUGAACUCCGGACGGUCCAUCUGAAUUCUAUCUUGUCUGAUCCCAUCCAUAUCAAUACAUUAGCUAGCCAUGGUGAAUAGGAAGAAGAAGAAGACCAAGCUUGGUAUCACCUCUCUUCUCUUCAGCAGCAGCAGCAGCAGCGGCAGGGACACAUCCACUACUACUAGUGGCUUGCCGUAUUCGUAUUCGUCGUGCUCCAAUAUGUCGUCGUCGUCGUCGGCGGCGGCGGCGGCGUGGCAAUGGCCAUCCUGCAAGCAGCCGAGGACACUCUCCUUCAGGCAGCAGCAGCAGACGAUGAUGAAGACCAUGAACUCCGCUUACUUAUCCGCGGGCUUCUCCUUCGCCUCUCGAGACAGCCACAGCUCCACCUGCAGCUGCUGCAGGAGCAGGACGGCGUCCGACGCCUCGGCCUCCGCCGACGCCGUCACCCGCGCGCUGCGCUCCGACCGCCUCUUUUUUGACCCUGACGCGUCCCCGGCCGCCGCCGCCGACCUCAAGCUCAACAAGGCCAAGGCCAAUAAGACGAAGAAGAAGGUGGAGGCGUUCGGCGGGGCGACGGCGAUGACCAUCGAGUCGUCGAACCCGUACCGCGACUUCCGGGAGUCGAUGGAGGCGAUGGUGACUAGCGGCGGCGGCGGCGGCGGCGCUGAUGACUGGCGGUGGCUGGAGGAAAUGCUGGGGUGGUACCUCCGGGCCAACGUCAAGAGCACACACGGCCUCAUCGUUGGCGCCUUCCUCGAUUUGCUCGUCUCUGCUGCCGCCUCGCCAGCUGCUUCUUCUUCUUCCUCCUCUCCGGCGGCCAAAGGCAAAUAUUCCUCUUGCUGCAGCGCCUGUUCCUCUUCCUCCAUCAAGCUGGAAGAAGAACAUCAGCUACGACAUUACUAAUAUAUAAUUGAUCCACACAUCUACGCAGUGCCGUUGGACGACUGAUCUCAUCCAGAAAUAUGGCAUCGAUAGCCACUCGGCCUGUCCUUUUUGCGCUCAGAAGCUUGAGACGGCGAAGCACAUCCUACUCGACUGCGUGUUCGCUCGUCAGGUCUGGUUACGGGUGCUGUCGCCUCCUGGCUGGAUUGCCCUCUCUCCCCUCAGUGGCAGCUGGCUUCAAGACUGGUGGCCAUCUUCUAGGUCAUGUUUACCUAAUCACCUCCGUGCCAGUUUCGACUCCCUGGUCCUUCUGGUCUCUUGGCAGGAACACAACUCCAGAGUUUUUGACUCUGCGCUUUCUUCGGUCUCAGUGAUUCUAGAGUCCAUCCUUUCAGAGGGCCGUUGUGGUCGUUAGUGGGCGUUGCUUACUUUGGAUACUUGUUAGGAGUGUUGCGUGGCUUUGCCCCCUCCCGCUGUUUGAAGUAGCGUUAUCCGUUGUACGAGUUUUUCUUUUUCUUCCUUGGUUUUUGUCUUUAUUUUCUUCCUUCCUUGGCAUAAGCCGGUCUGGCUGAUUGUGUUGUGUAACAAAAACUCUAUUCUUUUAAUUUAUUGACGUACAAUCUUUUUA